ACGCACCACAUCGCUGUGACGGUGCACAUUUGUAGCUGUCAAAAUUCUGGUGUGACAUUUGUAAAUUUUGCUGUGUUGUGUUCGUGCAUUUUUCUUGCAAAAUAUAGCCGGAAUAUUUAACUUAUUUAACAGCGCGUUUUUCUAUAUAUUUCAAUUAUAAGUAUGGAUCGUCUACUACGUUUGGGAGGUGCAAUGCCACAAGCUGCACCACCAACAGAUGCGCCCGUUGUGGAUACCGCUGAACAAGUAUACAUCUCAUCAUUGGCGUUAUUGAAAAUGUUAAAACAUGGUCGCGCUGGUGUACCCAUGGAAGUGAUGGGUUUGAUGUUGGGCGAAUUCGUCGACGAUUACACAGUACAAGUCAUCGAUGUUUUUGCUAUGCCACAAACUGGUACUGGCGUCUCAGUCGAAGCUGUAGAUCCAGUGUUUCAAGCGAAAAUGUUGGAUAUGUUAAAACAGACUGGACGCCCAGAAAUGGUUGUCGGCUGGUAUCACUCACAUCCUGGUUUUGGCUGUUGGUUAUCCGGUGUGGAUAUUAAUACACAACAGUCAUUUGAGGCGCUAUCAGAGCGCGCUGUUGCCGUUGUCGUCGAUCCGAUACAAUCGGUUAAGGGCAAAGUAGUUAUUGAUGCCUUCCGUCUCAUCAACCCGAAUAUGCUUGUACUCGGCCAGGAACCGCGUCAGACCACCUCCAAUUUGGGUCAUCUGCAAAAACCUUCGGUGCAGGCAUUGAUACACGGUCUGAAUCGGCAUUACUACUCAAUUAGUAUUAAUUAUCGUAAAAAUGAGUUAGAACAAAAGAUGCUGUUGAAUUUGCACAAAAAAUCAUGGAAGGAUGGACUCACAUUGGCCGAUUACAAUGAACAUUGUUCCAUCAAUGAAAGUACCGUGCAGGAAAUGCUCGAAUUAGCCAAAAAUUAUAAUAAGUCGCUGGAAGAUGAAGAAAAAAUGACACCCGAACAAUUGGCGAUCAAAAAUGUGGGCAAACAAGAUCCUAAACGGCAUUUGGAAGAGAAAGUCGACAAGGUGAUGCAAAACAACAUUGUGCAAUGCCUUGGCGCUAUGCUCGAUAGUAUUGUGUUUAAGUGAGCUAAUGUCUUUUCCUGUUGCAUUUGACAUGAAUUUUUCAAAACCACAUAUACACAACUCAAAGCUGUACAACACGGUUCAGUUUACUACGCAUUAAUGUAUUUUUAAAAAGAACAUCGUAAAUGAAAUAAAAUAUAGAGAUAAAAAUACUUUUGUACUUCA